AUGAGAAUUUUUCGAGUUUUUCUUCUAGAGAUUGUCCUUUCGCAGCCUGAUCCUGCUUGCCAAGCGCCGCAAAAAGUAUGCAAUGGCAUAAAAGACUGUUUCCUCGGAGAAGAUGAAAUGAAUUGUCCAAUACAAAGCUCGACUGGAGAAGAAAAUUGUGUCAAUCUUUUUCGAUGCGAUAACAAAUGCCUGGAUAACUCAAAAGUCUGCGAUGGGAACCAAGAUUGCACCAACGGCAUGGAUGAAACUUUGUGCUAUUUUUACUCAAAUCCGGAAUUUUGGAUGACCGAAAGCGAAGGCCCCUGCGGACAAGAUCCAAAGUGUUCAAAUCCGCUCACUUGCGACGAUAGUUGCGAUUUGGUGGGAUUCUAUCGAUGCUACGAUGCAAGACAAAAUCAAGUCGAUGAUAGUUUUUGCGCGAGCGCCGGGCCCAACUACGUAAAUAAAAAAUGCAGUUCUUGUGUGGUGACUGAGCCCGGAAAUUUGGCAACUGGAAAUCAAGAAAAUGAAACUGGCGAAAACGAAGAGAAUGGUUCAUCAACUCGUUUUCUUUCCUUUCUCAUUUUUGCCUCAAUCGUCAUUUUACAAUAA